AAAAAAGAAAUAAGUGCAAAAUAUCACGAAAAAUUAAGCUGGAAAUCUCAGAAGAUAGAUAGAUUAGAUAGUUCCGGCGAGAAGAAGUGAAUCUCUCCCUGUAAGCUUUUAUAGGAUAUUUGAUAUUUCUCUCUCCCAAUUUCUCUUUCUCCUUCCAAUUUUUCUUUGGUUCCUCUUUCUUUUUUUUUGGCGACUUGGUCCUUCUCCGACAGAUCAUCUUUCGAAUCUGUUUUUCCCAGCGACGACCGCCGACCGGUUUCGUCAUGUGUCUUUCUCGUUUUCCGGCAAUCCUCAAGAGGAAAUCUGGAAUCCUUAUAGAUAGAAAGAAUAGAUUAUUCAUAUUUGGAUCCAUCCUCAUUCCUCCAGCAGUGUGCCACGCUAUUUUUUUUAUUCACUUUUUUUUUUUCCUUACUCUACGGUUUUUGUGUGUGUGUGGUUGGCAGGUGUAUAAUAAGCUGACUGACGAAGAAACAUUUCAGCACCAGCAAGUAAAGUAAUGGUACGAGAAAAGGAUAUCUGCUGGGAAUACGCAGAGAAACUCGAUGGUAACAAGGUCAAAUGCAAGUUUUGCUCUAGAGUUCUUAAUGGCGGGAUUAGCAGGUUGAAGCAUCAUCUCUCUCGCCUUCCCAGUAAAGGUGUCAACCCUUGUGCCAAGGUUAGACACGAUGUUACUGACAGAGUCCGAUCCAUUUUAUCGGCCAAGAAUGAUGCCAAAGAUUCCCCUCUCACCAACACCAACAACAAGCCUCCCCAAGUUAAACCACCACCACCUUUAUCUGCUUCCCUGCCUCCUCCUCCUCCUGAAUCUGAUGUUGCUCUCUCUUCUGCUUCCAAACUCUUUCCUACUAGUAGUCUCCUUCUACCCCAUUCCUCCUCCUCCUCUUCUCCAACUACUGCUCAGGAGACUGCAGAGAGGUGUAUUUCUCUUUUCUUCCUCGAGAACAAGAUCGACUGGUGUGUUGCCCGCUCACCCUCUUAUCACUCUAUGCUCGAUGCCAUUGCCAAGUGUGGUCCUGCAUUUGUUGCUCCCUCUCUCAAGACUGAAUUGCUGCUGGACAGGGUUAAAUCAGAAAUUACUUUACAACUCAAAGAGACUCAAAAGGAGUGGGUCACCACGGGCUGUACUGUCAUCGCAGAGGCAUGGACCGACAACAAAUCCCGAGCUCUCAUUAACUUCUCCGUCUCAUCACCGUCCAGAGUCUUCUUUCACAAGUCUGUGGACGCCUCCUCAUAUUUCAAGAACACAAAAUGCCUUGCUGAUCUCUUUGAUUCUAUCAUCCAAGAUAUUGGACAUGAGCAUAUAGUGCAAAUCAUUAUGGACAACAGCUUCAGCUACACAGGUAUCUCAAACCAUAUCUUGCAAAACUAUGGAAGCAUUUUCGUGUCCCCUUGUGCAUCUCAGUGUUUGAACAUGAUAUUAGAAGAAUUCUCCAAGGUAGAUUGGGUCAACCAAUGUAUAUUGCAAGCGCAGGUCAUAUCUAAGUUUGUGUACAACAAUAGCUCCGUGCUAGAUUUGAUGAGAAAGUUAACAUGUGGGCAAGAUAUUAUCAGAAGCGGUGUCACAAGGUCUGUUUCCAAUUUUCUAUCGUUGCAGUCAAUGAUGAAACAAAAAGCAAGGUUAAAGCACUUGUUCAAUAGCCCAGAGUAUACCCCCACUAAUACUAAUAAACCACAGAGCAUGUCAUGCGUGAAUAUCCUAGAGGAUGAUGAUUUUUGGAGAGCUGUGGAAGAAAGUGUGGCUAUUUCCGAGCCUAUCCUGAAAGUGUUGAGGGAAGUUUCUAGUGGAAAGCCCGCUGUAGGAUCUAUAUAUGAGUUAAUGUCCAAGGCCAAGGAGUCAAUACGGACAUACUACAUAAUGGAUGAGAAUAAGCAUAAGGUCUUUUCUGACAUAGUUGAUUCCAAGUGGUGUGACCAUCUGCAUUCACCUCUUCAUGCAGCGGCUGCAUUCUUGAACCCCAGUAUUCGGUAUAACCCGGAGAUAAAGUUCCUCACUUCCUUGAAAGAAGAUUUUUUCAAAGUGUUGGAGAAACUUCUUCCCACUAGCGAUCUAAGACGUGAUAUUACAAAUCAGAUAUUCACUUUCACUAGGGCAAAGGGAUUGUUCGGCUGUAACCUGGCGAUGGAGGCGAGGCCUUCAGUUUCACCAGGUCUCUGGUGGGAGCAGUUUGGUGACUCAGCACCUGUUUUGCAGCGGGUGGCCAUCAGGAUACUGAGCCAAGUGUGCAGCGGUUACAACUUGGAACGCCAAUGGAGCACAUUCCAGCAGAUGCACUGGGAAAGGCGAAACAAGAUUGACAGAGAGCUAUUGAACAAUAUGAUGUACGUGAAUCAGAAUCUAAAGUUGGGGAGAAUGAUUACCCUCGAGACAGACCCAAUUGUCCUGGAGGACAUUGACAUGAUGUCGGAGUGGGUGGAAGAGGCAGAGAAUCCCAGCCCUGCCCAGUGGCUAGACCGUUUUGGGUCCUCCCUUGAUGGAGGCGACUUGAACACCAGACAGUUUGGCGGUGCUAUUUUCAGUGCCAACGACCAUAACAUCUUCGGCUUGUGAAGCCCCAGGUCAGAGGUUGUUUUUUAGCGUCACCUUUUUGGAUCGAGAUUGUUGAGUGUUUAACCUCAACUCGGUUCACGAUAUGUACAUAAUGUUCCUUUGUUAUAAAGAAGUAAUGAAUAUCCUCUGUUAUGUAUUCCUCGUUGAUCAACUUCAAAACUUUGCACAAAGCACCCAUGUUCAUUCAUUA